AUGGUGCCUACCUUGGCAGUCCCCACCCCAUAUGGCUGUAUAGGCUGUAAGCUGCCACAGCCAAACUACCCUCCAGCACUAAUCACUUUAAUGUUCUGCUUAAUGGUUGUCACCGUCGUCACAGACCUCACUGGGAACUCCUUGGUGAUUUUGGCUGUGGGGAAGAGCAAGAAGCUCCGGAAUUCUGGUAAUAUCUUUGUGGUCAGCCUCUCGGUGGCUAAUAUGCUGGUGGCCAUUUACCCCUACCCUAUGAUGCUGCACGCCAUGGCCAUCGGAGGCUGGGAUCUGAGCAAGCUACAGUGCCAGGUGGUCGCAUUUAUCACAGGGCUGAGUGUGGUUGGCUCUAUCUUCAAUAUCAUGGCAAUUGCCAUCAACCGUUACUGCUACAUCUGUCACAGCCUCCAGUAUGAGCGGAUCUUCAGUGUGCGCAACACCUGCAUUUACCUGGUGGUCACCUGGAUCAUGACCGGCCUGGCUGUUCUGCCCAACAUGUACGUUGGCACCAUAGAGUAUGAUCCUCGCACCUACACCUGCAUCUUCAACUAUCUGAACAACCCCAUCUUUGCCACGACCAUCGUCUGUAUCCACUUUGUCCUCCCUCUGCUCAUCGUGGGUUUUUGCUACGUGAGGAUCUGGAUGAAAGUGCUGGCAGCCCGUGACCCCGCUGUGCAAAAUCCUGACAACCAAUUUGCCGAGGCUCACAAUUUUCUGACCAUGUUCGUGAUCUUCCUCCUCUUUGCAGUGUGCUGGUUCCCUGUCAAUGUGCUCACUGUCUUGGUGGCCUUCAACCCAAAACAGGUAGCAAGCAAGAUCCCCAGCUGGCUUUAUCUUGCAGCCCACUUCUUGGCCUAUUUCAACAGCUGCCUCAAUGCUCUGAUCUAUGGGCUGCUCAAUGAGAAUUUCCGAAGAGAAUAUUGGACCAUCUUCCAUAUUAUUCGGCACCCUAUUCUCUUCUUCUCUGGUGUCAUACAUGAUAUACGUGAGAUGUGGGAGGCCGGUGGCCUGGCCCAUGCCCAUGCCCGUGCCCCUACCCUUGACCAAGCUCGAGAACAAGCCCGUGGACAAGACCGUGCUGCUCUGGAGGAAAUACCAAUGAGGGUCCUGAGUGUUCCACUACCGGGUAAUGCAGCUGACCAACCUGAGCGUGCUUCUGGCCAUCUCACACCAGUCUCUGUUCACUCCAGGCCUGACUGUGCCUACCACAAAUCUGUUUCUGACCCCCACAAGUCUGUCAUUAGCCACUCCAAGCUCGCCUCUGGUCACCCCAAGUCUACCACUGUCCACCGCAAGCAGGCCUCUGUCCAUUUCAAAGAUGACUAUGUCCAUUUCAAGCCUCCCUCUGUUCAUUUGAGGGCUGACUCUGUUUAUUUCAAGCCUGCCUCCAGCCACCCCAAGCCUAUCCCUGGCCACCAAAUCCCUACUGGAAGCCCCUCCGAGAGACUCUUCAGCCCUGCCACCAGCCACCCUAUACUCACCACUGGCCACAUCAAGCCUACCAUCAUUGGUUAUCCUCAGCCCUCUGCUGCUGGACACUCUGAGCUCACUAUGUCCUGCUACCCUGAGACCACUGCUAUUGGACACCUUAAGUGUGAAGUUACUAAUCGCCCUGAACCUCUCUCCAGUCCUGCCACUGGCUCCCUCAAGCCUGCUGCCACCACUCACCCUCUUGAUUCCACUGUUGUCACCACUGACAGCAUUGAUUACCGUGACAUUGUGGUUCUUGAUGUUGAUUCUUAUGAAAUGGCCAUAUGA